CGUAGCUAACUGUGACAUAGGCGUUGUCGCGAGCUAACUAGCGUCGAACGCCGCGUUUUUAUAACUUUAUAACCAGUUCUAUUGAAACUAUUCUAUUCAUUUAACUAAUUUAUGACGAUUACCUGCGUAAAACGCGAAAUUUCUCUCGGAAGAUCUUGAUCUAAGUUUAAACAUGAGUACUACAGAGAUAACAAAUAAACAAUUGCCGCUAAAACUCAGAGUGUUGCACAGAGUAAGAUUAGCUAUCGCCGUCAUCGUUAGAUUCUUCUUUAAUUUAUAUUAUGGAAACGAAGGAGAGAAGAUUCCACCGAUAACUGAUCAUAUCCUGAAGGAGCCUGCGGUGGAGGUUGCGAAAAAAAUAAGGAAUAAAGAGAUUUCAAGUGUUGAAGUAUUGGAAGCAUGUAUAAGGAGAAUCAAGGACGUUAAUUCAGCACUCAAUUGCUUUGUUGAGGAUCGCUUUGAGUUGGCAUUCAAAGAAGCCAAAGAUGCAGAUGCUCUUAUACUGAGUGGUACCAAAACUGUUGAACAAUUAGAGAAGGAAAAACCAUUCCUUGGGGUACCUUUCACGACUAAAGACUGUAUAGCUGUUAAAGGUCUACAUCAUACUUCUGGUGUUGUUUUACGCAAAGAUAUUGUAGCAGAAGAUGAUGCUGACGUCAUUAAACUUCUUCGUGAUAAGGGAGCCAUUAUAAUUGGCCUCACGAAUGUACCUGAAAUUUGCAUGUGGUGGGAGACACAUAAUCACAUCUACGGAAGAACAAAUAAUCCCUACAAUACGACAAGGAUUGUGGGAGGCUCUUCAGGUGGAGAGGGAAGCCUACAGGGUGCUGCUGGAAGUAUAUUUGGAAUUGGUUCUGACAUAGGAGGAUCUAUUCGGAUGCCUGCGUUUUUUAAUGGAAUCUUCGGUCACAAGCCUUCUCGAAAUAUAGUCUCAAAUUCCGGACAAUAUCCCAUACCUGAAACAGAUCUACUGCAUUCGUUUCUAGGUAUUGGGCCUAUGACUAGACAUGCCAAAGACCUGAAGCCUCUACUUCAAAUAAUAUCUGGAGAAAAUGCAAGCAAAUUAAAACUAGAUGAACACGUCGACAUAAAGAAGUUAAAAAUUUUCUAUCAAAUUGACAGCGAAUCUCCUUUGACAGAUCCUGUCGAUAAAGACAUAGUUUCAGUUAUGCAUAAAGUAGUAGAAUAUUUCGAAAAGCAGCAUAAUAUAAAAGCGGAAGAAAAGAAAAUAGAUAAGUUACGAAAAUCCAUAGCAAUAUGGUUAACUACAAUGAAAACACAGAGAAAAUUUGGCGAAUUAAUCAUGAAAAAAGAGAGCGUAGGUCUUAUUUUGCUAGAAAUGCUUAAAAAUAUCGUUGGACUCUCUGGUAACACAUUCAUCGGCCUAGUUACUGCUCUAUUCGAUUACACUGGUGUUAAAUUUGGAGACGAAAAAUACCAACAAUAUUUAAAACACCGUGAAGAUCUAGAAAAUGUAUUUAAGAAUAUCCUUGGUGACGAUGGAGUUUUCUUGUAUCCGUCACAUCCAACGACAGCACCGUACCACAACGAACCAUUAGUAAAGGCCUUCAACUUUUCAUACACUGCAAUAAUUAAUAGCUUAGGGUUGCCAGCGACAACAAUACCUUUAGGUUUAGGCAGAGAUGGACUACCUAUUGGUAUGCAAGUAAUUGCAAAUCAUAACAAUGACAGAUUAUGUUUCGCAGUUGCCGAAGAAUUAGAUAGAGCUUUCGGCGGUUGGAUAGAGCCACAAAGAUCUUAAGUUUUAAGUUAGUGUUAUGUUUCUGGAAAUUAAUAAAUAGGUAGGGAAUUUUUUUUAUUGCUAUAGGAUGACGACGAAUGAACCUAUCACCUAACUGAUUGUAAAUGGUUAUCAUCACUUUGGCAUACUAGCAAUAUCAGGGGGUCACUACUGUUACACCUUGUUUGAAGAUGGACACAUUAUAGCGAUCGAGCAGCACUAAGAAGAGUUCAAUCAAGAGCCUGUGGAAAUAAGAAUACGCAUUGUGAUAAACGCAGUAGUUCCCGGUAAUAGGGAUAAACUUUGCUCAUGACGAGUUCUGCGAUCGUAAACGAGGACAGGAUUACCUGAUGGUACACUUCGAGCAAUACACCCACGAUUGCAUGAGACGGACAUAAUGGUAGGAGUAUCGAUGCUUGUGGUCUCGAAAUUAUCAUCAGCCUGUAUCUCUGUACUACUGGAUGUAGGCCUCUCCCAUAGUCCGCUUCAACGAACGGUCGUCCGCUUUUCGAAUCCAAUCUCUUGCAGCAUAUCGCUGUAAGUCAUCGGCCCAUCGCAGGGGGGCAUGGGCAGGGGGACGCCCAACGCUGUGACAUGUAUGUCCGGCCCAUUGUCACGUUUCAGGGCUAUUUAUCAUUAUUGGUAGCACGCAAGCUUUGAAGACUUUUGUCUUUAAACAUUGCGGGAUUGCUGAGAUGAAGAUAUGACGGAGUAUCCCAUAUACAGCCCAAUCCAACUGUAUGUGCCUAUCAGCUUCUCGAAGUUGACCCUUGCCUAGCAGAACAAUUUGUCUAGAUAGCUGUAUUCAGACAUAGCUUCGAGUGCCGUGGAUUCGCCUAGUAUCGGACCAAGAAUGAUAUGGUUUUUGAACAUAACCUUAAUUUUGUCCAGAUUCAUUCCCAGACUAACAUGUCUAUGUAGAUUUAACUUUGGUAUAAAUAGAAAAUUUAGGGAUUUGAUUUUCUAGACGAAUUAUUUCAUUUUUUUAACACAUGGUAACAUCACCUGAUUUAAUAUGUUUAAACUCAAGACAUCAUCCUCUAACAAGAGACAAUUUCGAUUAAAUGUUGAAGUGUUUUUAUGGAGGUUUUCUAGAAUUUUUUUCAUAUUUAUUUUAUAUUUUAAUUAUAAGCAAUAUCACAAUAUACAAGUAAUUUAAAAGUGUUUUAUUCUAGUGAUCUCUUUUAAGUGUUUUCAGUUCAAAAAACCUGGUUAAUGGGGUUACCCUUUUGUAUCGGUAGCUAUCAUAAAACACAAGAUAUUUGACAGAUACCUGAAUUUCACUAACUAUAUGUUCAAGAUAAGUUUGCAUAUAUUUGUACUAGUUACAAAAAUUCUUGACUGUCAGUUUACUGAGCAAUUUCACCAGCUCUAUGCAAGAUGUCAUUUACUCUAAAACCCUUUCAGAGACUAUGCUGUGUAAUUUAAUAUUUUGCACCUUUAUAUUAAGUGCAAUACCAUUUGGUUUGCUCAUGUGUAGAUGGAUGUUUUCCAAAGUGUUGUUAUAGAUUCAGUAAUAAGCCAAAAUUAUUUUUAGGCAAAUUGGAAGCGCUUUUCAAAUUUAUUCACAAAAUAAUUUCUUUAUUUAAAUAAGAAUUUAGAUUUAGAAUAUUUAGAUUUUUAAAUAGGAAGCAUUUGUGCUUCUAGUUUUGAUUACGUUAGCAUAAUCAAAACUUACAACAUCAAAAAAUUAAAAAGAACUUUAAAUAAAAUUAAAAUAGGUUAAAUGUAAACAACAACAACAAGAAA